AUGGUUAACAAAUUUUCUUUCAAAGACGAUAAGACCAAUCUCAAAUACAUUAACACAAUCAAUAAGAAAGAAAUCAAAACCAAAGAAAUAGAACUCCUCCAUCUUGUAACACAAGGAAAAGGUCAAAAUAUCGAGGAAAUUGAAAAACUAAGAAAUAAUAUCAAAGUACUAUACAAGGAAACUGGAGCUGAUAUCAAAGCAAAACUAAGUGAAAAUUUCAACAAACAUGACAGCUCAAUGAUUUACCAGUUUGACAAACAUCUAAAAGAAAAAUCAAUAGAUUGGAAAAAUAUCCAAUUCUCUGAAGAAGAAAUUGUGCAUCAUUUUGAAACAAAAUUUACCUCAGUAUCCAAAUCAUCAGACUUUGAAAAUCCACCAUCAACCGUCAAGAAAGGACCGAAAAUACCACAAAUAAGCCUUAAAACAAUUAAAGAGGCGAUAUCGAGAAUGAAAUCCAACACACCCGGUCUAGACUCAAUAUCCUUCCAAAUUAUACGUAAUCUCAAAGACGAACAUCUACAACUUAUUGCUGACCAAUUUGAAAACUGCAUUCAACAAGGUAAUAUCCCUGAAGAAUGGAAAUCUGGUUGGGUUAAAUUACUCCCUAAAAGAGACAUUCAAAAACUAAAUGAUAUUAGACCCAUAACCAUUCUCCCAAUAUAUUACAGAAUACUUUUCAACAUAAUUGCAUACGAAUUAAGACAAUGGGCUUCCAAACACAUCAACUUAAGGCAACAAGCAUUUAUUUCACACAGAAACACAAUGAAUCACGGAUUAUUACUUUCAUCUCUAGCCAAAAGAACAAGUCGUCACUCCUUUUGGUAA